AUGGCCGAUAUCACGACUAACCACACGCCCGGCGCAUUGGAGGAUUUACUCGGCCCUUCGAAUCUCGAGCGACUUUCUGAGCUUUCAGAUAAGUUACAGCAAACCCUUCAAACAAGCGUAGCGGAUGUCUCUUCCUCUUUAGCUGCCGCCAACGAUGAGGACCUCCAUGAUGCCGUCCUUCUAGCAGUUGGUUAUCUCUCUUCAAAAGCGCAAGAUGAUCUGGAAAACGCUCAUUUGGAAGAACUUGUCAGGAGCCUUGGUGAAAAAGUGAUCAUAUUAGGGACAGACAAAGAACAGUCAGACCUUAUCACAGAAGCAGCCGUUGCUGGCAUUGCUAUUGCUUCUUCAACCCACUCACUGGCUUUAGGCACGGAUGUUCUGAUAAAGCUGACUGCUGUUACGGAUUCCCAAGAUCCAUGCACAAAUGAUAUCGCUGCGUCAACAGCCACAAGGACUUUGACUGAGCAGAUCUCAGCUCAGAAACUGCCAGGGUUCAUCGGUAAUGACAUACUCCAAAACACUUUGAAGCCACUAUUUGUAAAAGCUUCAUCUAGAAUCACAGCUUCAGGAAGACCCUACCAGUAUGCCACAGUAGAUGAUCGGUCACAGACAUUUUCAGAAGUACAGUCGUGGAGAAGCCAAGCUCCCUGGGCGGAGGCCACGAUACAAUGGGCUGUCAACGCAUCAACCGAAUCAACUAUCAAAGAGCAUUGGCCUUUGUUUAUGCCAGCCUUGUUAGCGCUUGUGGAAGACCAGGCGAUCGAGGUCAAAGCAAAAGGCUUGAGAGUCUUGGCUGUCUUUGUGGAAAAGUGUCCAGCUCAAGUACUGCAAGGCAGAGGCAUAGGACGUGUCUUCGCAGACGUCACAUUCCCCCUCCUCCUCUACCUCCCCAGUGUUACCCCAGAGGCUGAAUCUAUAACCAUCCUUAACCCGGCUUACGACGUGCUCAUCAAGCUGGCAGAGCGCACUGGAAGCCAGGGCAACCCUGAGCGUCGCAGAUUUCUCGACAAGAUCCUUCGAGAUGGGGUUUUUGCUGGUCACCAUCAUGCUUCACAGUACACGCGUAUAGUACAGGUCAUCGUGCAAAACGCCGCAGCGGUGGUCAAUUGCAUGGGUAUCUAUUCAAUUAAGCACCUUUCGGCUCUUCUCUCAAUGUCGUCGUCCAUCAUGACAGACCCUUUUGCAGUCUCGUAUCCUCCAACUCUCUUAGCAACAACGCAGCUAGUUGGUGCGAUAAUCGGCAACGCAUGGCCUCGAGUCCGAGAGCCUGAACAUAUGGAAAAUGUUAUUCGAAUCCUAUCGUUGUGCUGGCUCAACACCUUGGAAGAGAUCGAAGACAGUGUGUCUCAAGACCAGAAAGAGGGGCUUCAAGCUGUAUCUCAAGAACUGACAAGCAAGGCCAAAGCUUUGAAGGCACUUUGGACCGAGGAUGCUUCUAAACGGCCAUCAGAUCUCGAUGAAGCGUUGAAAAAAGAACCAAAACUAGCAAGACUGUUUUCUACCGCCUCAGCUUGA